AUGGACAAAGAUGACCCUAAAAAUGGACAUUAUUUCUUAUACAGUCUUCUUCCAGAAAUGGUCAAUAAUCCGAAUUUCACCAUCAAGAAAAAUGAAGAUAAUUCCCUCAGCAUUUUGGCAAAGCAUAAUGGAUUCAACCGCCAGAAGCAAGAAGUCUAUCUUUUACCAAUCAUAAUCAGUGAUAGUGGGAAUCCGCCGCUGAGCAGCACCAGCACCCUGACCAUCCGGGUCUGUGGCUGUAGCAGUGAUGGUGUUGUCCAGUCUUGUAAUGUUGAAGCUUAUGUCCUACCCAUUGGACUCAGUAUGGGCGCCUUAAUUGCCAUAUUAGCAUGCAUCAUUUUGCUGCUAGUCAUUGUGGUGCUGUUUGUAACUCUGCGACGACAUAAAAACGAGCCAUUAAUUAUCAAAGACGAUGAAGAUGUUCGGGAAAACAUCAUUCGCUAUGAUGAUGAAGGAGGAGGAGAGGAGGACACAGAGGCUUUUGACAUUGCAACUUUGCAGAAUCCAGAUGGAAUUAAUGGAUUUUUGCCCCGUAAGGAUAUUAAACCAGAUCUACAGUUUAUGCCAAGGCAAGGACUUGCUCCAGUUCCAAAUGGUGUGGAUGUCGAUGAAUUUAUUAAUGUGCGGCUACAUGAGGCAGAUAAUGACCCCACGGCCCCACCAUAUGACUCCAUUCAGAUUUAUGGCUAUGAAGGCCGAGGGUCGGUGGCUGGCUCCCUCAGCUCCUUGGAGUCCACCACCUCAGACUCAGACCAGAAUUUUGACUACCUCAGUGACUGGGGUCCCCGCUUUAAGAGACUGGGUGAACUCUACUCUGUUGGUGAAAGUGACAAAGAGACUUGACAGUGGAUUAUAAAUAAAUCAGCGGAACUGAGCAUUCUGUAAUAUUCUAGGGUCACCCCUCUUAGAUACAACCAAUGUGGCUAUUUGUUUUAGAGGCAAGUUUAGCACCAAUCAUCUAUAAACUCAACUACAUUUUAAUGUUGAACCAAAAAAAUAUAUAAUAAUAAAAAUAAAAUUAUGUGUUAGGAGGUUAUAAAUCUUGUGGAGUGUGAAUUAAAGUAAGUGGCGUGUCUAGAAGUUUUUGGAUAUUUGAUAUUUACUUGACCACCACAGACAAAGAUUGGGAUCCUGGCUACUCCUUAGAGAAAUGGUUGAAAAAGAGGAAAAAAUCAAAAUUAAAAGGUGCUUUCUUAGAAAAAUGGACCUAUACGGAAUUUACUGCUGAUAUGUGUCUUCUGCAAGGAUUUAAAAAAAAAAAAAUGCAAGUGGUUUUUUCCCCUUUACCAACAAGGAUCCCGCCACAAAUGUUAAAGCAAUACUUGGUCUGCUGUACAUUAUGACUUUUUGGAAUUUUGGGAGGCCUCCUAGAUUAUACGGUACAGUGACCACACAUUGUACAUAAUUGUUGGCCCCACUAACCAGAGACUGAAUAGCAUCUUUAAAUAUUGUGUCGAGCCUUAAAAUAUUCACAUGUUCGUAAUCCAUUCCAGGGUGGGGAAUGCCAACUCAGUUGUGGGAGGAGAGAAAUCCCAUUCAAACAGACUUGUUUCUAGAAGCAGGAUUACUCGUUCCCUCCACUCCAUCUUCUUCCACAAGGACACAAAG